AUGGAUCUUUCAACAAUCCAAAAGGCAAGAAUAUCAAACACUCUUAGAACAACAUGCAAGCUUAUGGAAAGGCUCUUUCAGAUGUAUAGAAACAGAAAGAUAAGCAAAGAGGAAUAUAUGCAGAAGUUAGAAAAGCUCAAAGAAGUGGUGGGAUCAAACAUUGAUGAAAUGGAAAGAGAUGCAAAAGUGAUAGCAUCUAGGAGAGAGCCCACGAAUGUUCUCAGCGUAUUUAUUAUGGAGCAUUUUGAGCACAUUGGGUGCUUUGACACUGCUUUGCUGCUGGCCAACAAAUUUUCGAUCAAGAAUUAUUCUGACUCUGAUUUCUACAAGCUUGUUUAUGGGAUCAAGAGCCAGAUAGAAAGCGGGAUGUUUGAAGAAGCCUUGUCUUUUUGCAGGGAACAUAGAGUUGAGCUCAAAAGCAUGAAGUGUGAAGAAGCAGUUUCACUUGAAAAUGACCUGAAAAUUGAAAAAUUCAUAGAAAUGUGCCAUGCGCAAGAAUUCGAUAAGGCAUUGGAAUUUGUCAACAAAGAAUUCAAGAGGGUUCCCGAGCAGAUAAAGUCAUACUUACCUAUUCUUGUAUCGAACUCAAACUUUAGGAAGUAUCCUUUUUCAAGACAUAAUAAGACAGCAGAGCAAUUCCUGGGGUGUGCACUGAAGCUGUUUAGAAGAGGAUUUAAGUCAAGGCUGAUGCAGCGAAUUGAAUAUGGAAUGAUGGCAUACAAAACGUACAGGUGCAUUGACACAGAGAAUAACAGGUGUCCAGCAUGCUGCAGGGCAUUUAGGUUAAGAGAAGACGUUCCAUUUAACAAGCAUGAGAUAAGUAUUCUUCUAUGCCGAGGAAGCUCAGAGGAGAUGGAUGAUACCAAUCAACCAUAUGUUUUUGAAGAUGGACUCAUUUAUGGAUCCAGGUACAUUGAGUCAUCAGAUCAUAUUUGUAUUAGCUCAAAAUCCACAGAUAGUGCUCUGAGAUAUCCAAGGCUUUGUUUCAUCCUGUAA